GGGGUGGGAAGGAGGUGGGCGGGAGAGCAGCUCCCUAGGAAAUCCUCCUUGAGCGCUAAGGAGCCAUCCAGAAAAAAUAAGCCCACUCAUCAUAAUACAAGGAUACAUCUGGACUCUGUUUGCGUUUCCUGGCUUUCCUGGGGACGAAGAUGCUGUCCUACGGCUUGCUGGACGCCAAUGUGGUGGACGUGGAAAAAAGGCGGAAUCCCUCCAAGCAUUAUGUGUAUAUCAUAAAAGUAACAUGGUCAGACUCAACUUGCCAAACUAUCUACCGCAGAUACAGCAAGUUCUUUGAUCUUCAGAUGCAGCUCCUGGAUAAAUUCCCUAUUGAAGGAGGCCAGAAAGAUCCCAAGCAGAGAAUUAUCCCCUUUCUUCCAGGUAAAAUCCUGUUCAGGAGAAGUCAUAUUCGAGAUGUAGCUGUGAAAAGACUAAAACCUAUUGAUGAAUACUGCAGGGCAUUGGUGAGACUUCCCCCUCACAUUUCCCAGUGUGAUGAAGUUUUCAGAUUCUUUGAGACCAGACCAGAGGACAUAACUCCCCCUAAAGAGGAUUAUGGCUCCUCAAAAAGGAAAUCAGUUUGGAUGUCCAGCUUGUCUGAUUCUCCAAAGAAGGCUAUUUCAGGUGCUGACGCUAGCUCUGAACCCAUGAUCCUGGAGCAGUAUGUGGUAGUGUCUAACUAUGAGAAACAGGAGAACUCUGAGAUUAGCCUGCAGGCUGGAGAGAUUGUGGAUGUAAUAGAGAAGAAUGAAAGUGGUUGGUGGUUUGUAAGCACAUCAGAAGAGCAAGGCUGGGUCCCUGCCACAUACCUGGAAUCCCAAAGUGGGAUUAGAGAUGAUUCUGAAAUUAACAUGUCCAAGGGAGGGGAAGUUUCUAAGAGACGCAAGGCUCACCUGAGGCGGCUGGACCGGCGAUGGACACUGGGAGGGAUGGUCAACAGGCAGCAGAGUCGAGAAGAAAAAUAUGUCACAAUCCAGUCAUAUACCAGCCAAGGAAAGGAUGAAAUCGGGUUUGAAAAGGGAGUCACUGUGGAGGUCAUUCAAAAGAACCUGGAAGGAUGGUGGUACAUAAGAUAUUUAGGCAAGGAGGGCUGGGCCCCAGCAUCAUAUCUGAAGAAAAUAAAAGAUGAACUUUCAUCCAGAAAAAAGAACUUAACAGGACCAGUGGAAAUUAUAGGAAACAUCAUGGAAAUCAGCAACCUGCUGAACAAGAAAUCUUCAAGUGAUAAGGAAACACAGUCAGAAAUUGAAACUGCAGAAUCCCAUAUUUCUAAGAAAGAAAUAAGCUUGCCCAUCUUAUGCAAUGAUUCCAAUGGCAAUGCCAUGAUGACUCAAGACAAGCAAGUCUCAAAGCUGGCACAGGGAUCCCCUGCCAUCGCACGGAUUGCACCUCAAAGAGCUCAAAUAAGUUCUCCAAAUCUCAGAACAAGGCCUCCCCCAAGGAGAGAAUCCAGUUUGGGUUUCCAGCUACCUAAACCCCCUGAGCCACCAUCAGUGGAAGUUGAAUACUACACUAUUGCAGAGUUCCAGUCUUGUAUUUCUGAUGGGAUAAGCUUUCAUGGAGGACAAAAGGCAGAGGUUAUUGACAAGAACUCUGGUGGCUGGUGGUAUGUGCAGAUUGGGGAGAAAGAAGGCUGGGCUCCAGCAUCAUAUAUUGAUAAAAGGAAGAAGCCAAAUUUAAAUAGGCGAACUAGUACUUUAACUCGACCCAAAGUCCCUCCUCCAGCACCUCCUAAUAAGUUGAAAGACUCUGAAGAAGGAACAUCUGCUGGAACUAUAUCUUCUGGAGAUAGCCAGGAUUCCAUGAACAAGCAAAAAUAUGAGGAACCAGAAUAUGAUGUACCUGCCUUUGGUGCUGACUCAGAAUCUGAGCUGAGCCAGGGAGAAGAUGGAAGCCUGGAAAGAGGCAAACAGCAACUACUUAAGCAUUCCCCUGUGUCAUCUCUCCAAAGGGCAAACUCAGGUGCUGGAGAAUCAUCUGAGGAUGUGGCUCAUGAUGAAGAGACUAUUUAUGAAAAUGAAGGUUUCAGGCCAUACAUUGAAGAUGCUUUGUCAAGCAAAGAGUCCAGUAGUGAGUCUGAUUCUCAAAGAAAUUCAUCAGUAUCUUCAAUCCAAAGAAAUUCACAAUGUUCUGUUUCUCCCAGGUCCUCAUUUCUUAAGCCCAAAAGUGAUAAGGGAAUUCAGCCAAACCUUGGAAAGCCUAACUACUCCAGGAAUGAGGAAACAAAGCCAAGGUCAGCCUCAGAUGCUGGUUUAAGUAGCGUGUCUAAACUGGUCCUGAAGAGGGAUUCUGGGGAGAGUGUAUCUGGCAGAGCAAAACCAAUUGUGAGGCCUAAACCUUUCCUGAACAAAGCAGACUCUCAGAGUCAAGAAAGGAUGGACAUUAGCACUUUACGCCAUCAGCUAAAGCCCACUGGACAGCUCAGAGGUGGACUUAAGGGUUCAAGAAGUGAGGAAUCUGAAAGCCCACCACAUACAGCAUUUGGAAAUCCAGAAGAGUGCUUUAGAAGAAGUUCUGCAGAUCUCAUUACGGUUCCUCCCCCUACCAUAUUCUGUUCAAGCCAGCCAGCCAAAACAGAACAUGAAAACAACUCAUUGAAAUGUCUGUAUGUAACUACUGACUCUUACCAGAAAGUUCAAGAUUCUGAGAUCAGUUUCACAGCAGGCAUUGUGGUGGAAGUAGUAGAAAAGCAAGCAAGCGGAUGGUGGUACUUGAAGUAUGGAGAUCUAGAGGGAUGGGCUCCUUCUCACUAUUUGAUGCCUUGUGAUAACCAGCAGAAAGAAAUCACAUCCAAUGAGACCAACAUUUCACUGGCCAAGAACAGAAGAAAUGAAAGCAAAUCCAACAGUUUGGAGAAGAUAGAGAAGAAGGUCCAGGCACUGAACACCAUUAACCAGAACAAGAGGGCAACACCUCCUAUUCCCAGCAAACCUCCUGGUGGCUUCUCUAAAACAUCUGGAACUGUCAAAUUGCGAAAUGGAGUUAGACAGCUAGCAGUGAGGCCGCAAUCUGUAUUUGCCUCGCCACCACCCAAGGACAGCAACCUGUCUUGUUCCUUGCGUAGAAAUGAAUCUCUCACUGCCACAGACCACCUGAGGUCAAUACGCCGCAAUUCCUCUUUCAGCACUGCCCAGUCACAGAUUAGUGAUUCUAAAAUAAAACAGGCUGAUCAGUUGGGCUCAGAGGCAUCUGAGACUACCUCUUACCUACCUACUGAGCGAAAUGGAAUCCCAGUGUCCACAGUCAGGCCCAAACCCAUUGAAAAAUCCCAGUUCAUUCACAAUAAUUUAAAGGAUAUCUACAUCUCCAUUGCAGAUUAUGAGGGUGAUGAAGAGACUGCUGGCUUUCAGGAAGGUGUCUGCAUGGAGGUAUUGGAAAGGAACCCAAAUGGCUGGUGGUACUGUCAGAUCAUGGAUGGUGGGAAACCUUUUAAAGGAUGGGUGCCCUCCAAUUAUUUAGAGAAGAAGAAUUAGAAUUGCAGUGUCUUUAAAUUCCCUAAUUUAUACUUUUCUACUAUGUACUUAUGGAGACAAGGAAAGAUACAGUUAUGCAUUUCCUCUUGCUUUGCCAUGUAUACAAGGACAUUUAAACUGUACUUUGCAUGGAACAGCAAGCUGGCUAUAAUUUGAUGGUGUGUGAUGCAUUAAGGGUUGACUGCUUCAACAAAUAUCAAGAAAAGGCAGCUGGAACAAAGGCCUUUCUUGAGAGAUGGAGUCUUUUUCAAACCAUGUGCAACAGGGUACAUUAUCCCACCAUCCCAUUGUAAUAAUAGGAAACCAAUUGUGUGCCUUUCUCAGUAUAUUUUGGUGCCAAGCCUGGACAUGCUAAAUUUUGCAGCUUGUUGAUAUUCUUCCACGUGGAGUCUGUAAGUAUUUCCAAGCUGUGGAUGCUUUUCCUAAGACGUAUUUCAAGCAGAAUAGAUGAUGAAACCAGUCUAACCCAACCCUCAGCUAUGACAGCUUUCUUGGCAGAUAAUUGUUUGAAGACUCGAAGCCUUUUCACUAUGUAUUAUUGGUAUCUGACUUGGACCAUAUUUUUCCAUUUAUUACUUCAUUUCUCUCUCUUCCCUUCAGCUCUCCGUGGCACUUAUAGUGCUGUUCUCCUGUGGACCUGGUGAGGUAGUGCUGUGGUAUUCUGUGACAGCAAAUUUAACAUCCAGUUGGAAAGGGUCAAUUUUUUUAAAAAAAUGAAUUUGAAAUGUACCAAAGUCAUAUGUGGUUUCUAGGUGUUCAUAAAUCCACUAAAAAUGAUGCUUUUGUACUUAUUGGUUGGUUCUGUGUUUAAGUUCUCCUGGACAACCAGUAUUGGUUUUAGAACGUGUCUCAUACACCAGUUCUAACUGAGAUCUUUUUUGAUCUCCCUUGUUGAGCUGUGCAGUGGAAAAGCUCUAUACAAAGAUGGGAAAUGUACAUUGUCCACAGCUCAGAAGGGGAAGCCAUGGUUGCAUGAACCUUUUUGCUAUAUCAUGACCUGGCUGACUUGCAACGUAAGUUAAAGGGAAGGGCUUUCUUGACCACCCAUGUCUGGUUUCUUCUCUGACUAAUCCCUUGUUAUACAGAGCAUAGUUUCAGAGUUGCUUAUAUGAGGUUCCUAAACCCACGUAUGCUUCCUGUCCUCCACCCACAAAUGCUGCAAGGCUCCCACAGAUGCAAGGUGUGUCUUUUAAGUGAAAAACUAAGCUGACACUCCUCACGUUGUAGCAGCAAUGGCUUUUUCAGGAUUGUCUGAAAAGUUCUGUUGUCCAUCCCCUUGAGCUAUUAGAGUCCGGUGAUCUACAUGUCCACCAUAUGAAACUGAGAGCUGAGUCUAGCAUCGAAAAUUUACAUUUCACUGUGUAUUUUGGCAGUUAGGAUGCAUCACAUAGGUUAACAAACAUUCAAGUCACUGAAUUAUCCCCAAGUGUUAGUGAAACCCCUGGAAUUUGCAGUGCAAGCCCCACAUUUGCCGGAACUUCCCAUUUUUUCCCAAUAAAGGCAAAACUUUUCCAUAAGCAUAGAGGGACUGAAUCUCUACAGUGCAUGCAAAACACUUCCUUUCUUAUAGAAGAAAAUGAGGAAAUUCAUGUCUACCAUGUAGUUUCUGCACUGCAUGUCUCAAAAGAAAGUGCUCACACUGUGUAUGCCAUUUCCAAACAGUAGCUUUUUCAUUUUGCAGAGAAGCACCAGUGUUUACAAAAAAGGGAGGAGAGAGAAAUGGCUAUGGAUUUUUACACUCUGUAUCAUCUUUGUAUAUUUUGGGAAUAUCUAUGUUGUGAACCAGUUCUUCUCUGAAAAAGAAAACUGUGGGAAAUACUUCAGUGUUGGUUUUGUAUUGGGAGGAAAGCACCUGAGUUUUUCAGACUCACAGAGUGGAAAUUGCAUGAGUGUGCCAUUAAGUGGAGAAUGUUGCUAAAUGUGGAAGCAUGUGGUCUCCCAUUUUACCUUCUCUCACUCACUUAAUUUCCUUUCCUCGUUUAUUUAUGAUUUCAAGAUAUGAUACUUUGUGGUGCAACAUGGGCCAUGAUUAAAACCACUGGGGAAAGGCUUGGGGUGCAACAUGUAUUUAUUUUGAUGUGUCUUCAAACAUCUGCUCUUAAAUAAACGCUGUAUGUAUAACAGAAACCUCAGAAGGCCUUUGCUUAAGAACACUGGAGGUCAGACAAGAGCUUGAUGUCCUGUCUUGAGGGUCACCAUUUUAUGUAUUGAGAGGGAAGAAAACCUAUUGAAUUUUGCUUUAACUGUGACACAAGAAGCAGUUCUCUAGUCUUCCAGAGAUAGUUUAUUCCUGUAACCAGUUUAUAGAUGAAAGAACAGGGAGAUUUUAAUUAGCUCAAACAAAGAUUUUCUUCCAAAGUGUUCAGUAUACUAUGAAGAGGGGGUGUUUAGUUUGGUUCCCCCCACCGCGCAAUUCUUGCCUCUUGUUAUAUUUAGUGUUACUGGAGUACUUGUAUUAAAAUUACCAUGGCAAGUGCCAAGGGAUUGAUUUCUGCAGCUCAUGUUGCUAAUGGCCUUUUACUUUGAUCAUCUGAGACAACAUCGAAGGCUGUGACCCACCCAAGUUCUGUUGCUAUAAUUCAGUCUGUAUGGAUAAAAAGGAGACUUGGGGUAAAGAGGGAAACUUCAGUAGAAGUGGGUGGGAAGAAGACCAUUAUUUACACUGUGAAAAUGGUGCAAAUUUGGUCAGAAGCAGCUCAAACCAUUGUAAAUCAUUUCUUCCCAAGGUCUAGCAGCUCUGUGUCUUGGAAGUUUCCCUCCAUUUUUAUGUCCUGCUAAAAUCUUAGUAGCCAUUUAAAGGACUGCCAGAGCUGCUGUGAGAUUAUAAUAGAAAUAUUAUGUUCUUCUGCUGGACAGUAUUAAAUAGAGCAAUACUUAGAGUGAUCUGCUAGAUUGCAGUACUAAUAGUAGUGAUUUAGCAAUUCCUAUUAAUGUUUUAUGGUUUAUUUUUAACAAUAAUGAUGAGGAAGUGGUUCAUUAUUUUGAGUUAAUGCACUUUAACCAUUAAACCAAAUGCAGAAAGUCAAGUGCAUUAUUUAAAGAUGCAGUAUAUAAUAAUCAUUUUUAAAAGUUCAGCUAUUUAUUAAAAUAAUUUAUGAUUAUUUAAAAAUGUACUAUACAGUUUUGUUCUAAAGAUGUCAUCAUCUCCUGGGAAACCUAAAGUGCGACUCCCCAAAAUUCUGCAAUGAGCUGUUGGAUUCUCAAAAUACAGUUAAUUCAGUUAGCAAGCAUUAAAUUGUUGUCUUGAGAUGGAGACAUAUGUUUCUUAAUAAAGCUACUUAAGAAUUAUGCUGUCUUUACCCCGAGAGUAAGUAGAACACAAAUAUUUUAAAUAAAUACAUUCCUAAACAUUGUCCUGAAGACUCUCCUGUGAGGAAUUCAUGCCAAGUAGAGUCACAAGAUCUCCCAGAUUCUCUCACCUCAUUUCAUGUGCUAGCAGGUGAAGCGUCUUUGGAAUUCUUGGUGUUCCCCGGUGCUUCCCUGAUAAAUGCGAACAAUUCUUCAGUCAUAUUAUGAGUGGAGGAUUCUGACAUGCUAAAUUAAUAUCUCGAUGCUACUUUAAAUGGUCUCUAAAAAAAAAGUAUUCUUUGCUGGAUCUAAGAUUUAUGGCUGGUCCACAGUUGUACUGAUGAUGGAUGUAUCUUUUCUUGGCUUUAUUACGCCCCAGAAACCAAAGCAAUUCCAUUCAUAGCUAAUGUCUGCAUGGUACGAAACAAGCAUGGGAUACAUAAGUGUUGACUUCUUGCAAGGGUCCUAGGUUGAGCACAGUUGUCCAUCAAGAAUUACUUAGGAUUUUCUUAAACAUGCUUAAUCGGUAGGAUCUUUCAUGCAUCAAACAAAACAGCCCUAGCUUGGGCCAGCAGGGCAUUCUGCUUGCCAAUUUCAUAAUUGUUUGUUUAAAAUUAUGGUAGUUAAUUUCUGUGGGGGGUGGCAAAAUGGGUGAUUUCUGAAUUGCGUGUAUUUGGCUAAGCAAUCCUUGAUUUUUGCAUUUUGCCUAUUCCAAAAAGUCUCUUAAUAGUCCUCAUGUUGGUUUGACUUGGAGCUGAUUUCAUGAUGCAUGAACAUAACAUUUGAGCCCAGGAAUAGAGGGGUGGUAAUCAUAUAAAGGGCACUAGCAAGCACCUUUGAAAAAAUAGUCAAUUCACUGUUUUCCACAUUCCCUCCAGCCCAUAAGGUGCAGUUGUUCAUAUAGGCAAUUUUGUUAACAAAUCAUUACAGUUGUCAAACUGUUGUAGAGACAUUCAUAGCCAUUUUAAGUGACUAUUUAAGUGACUUAAAGAUCAUAAGAAACUUUUCCCCGUCCUAUUAAACUGCCAUUCAAAAAUGCCAAUAUUAUUUGGGGAAGGCAAGCCAGUUCCCCAUUUUUAAAACUAAAUUUGUCAAAACUUGGUGAUUUUAAAACAUAAAUGCACUUUGAACAUUUUUUAGAAUUACAUACUGCAUCUAAAUUAAUUCUCUAGGGAGCGACUGAAUAAAAUAUUUUGUGAAGUCAGAGUGCCCUCUUGUGGAUGGAGGAGUGGCUUGAAAUUGUCUUCCUGGACAUUUGUGAUUGCCUUAGCCAUCCAUGCUUUCAAAAAUGUUUGAAAAUGGGAAUGAUUGAGAUGGAAAAAGUCAAAACGCAGCUUAAAUUUUAGACAAAAUCGUAAAAUUUGAAACUUAUGUUCUGCUGUAUACUGCAACUUUAAUGAUAAUGAGCACUUCUGAGUUCGUUAUUGCAGUUUUAUAUAAUGCCUGAAAAUAUGAUCUUUCCAUUUUAAAAAAAUUCAUUGUCUAAAGCUAAUUUCAGUCUGACGAUCUGCUUAGAACAGUCACCUGUUACAAUUUUUUUGUCCAAAAAGGCCUAGUUUUCCUAAGCAGCAAAUAAAGGUGGUAAGCUUGUGUCUGGAUUGUACCACUACAGAUUGCAGGUGGGGCUCACUCACUCAAAAAGUUGAAUGCUCAUCUAUCCCUUACCUGCAGUUCUGGACAUAGAAUGAUAGCAUGAUAGGGAUGGAGGUGAAGCUAUAGCAUUGAUCUCUAAAGAGAUCUGUGUAUGCUUUGUACAGUAGAGUAUUCCAUCCUAUGGACCUCGCCCUGCAAAUUAAACUGAUACAAUCCAAACCCAAAUUUGCUUCCUCAUUUACUGUAUUUGUGAUGAGUAGGCACACUGUUCAUAAAGAUCUCUUGGCUAGGAUCCAUAGAGCUGCUAGAUUCACUCUUGGAGUUUGUACUGGGACAGUGACAAACAGCUUACAAAACUUUCUUCACUUUGUUUCUUACAGCAACUUGCUAUGCAGCAUAGUGAUGAUGUUCUUGUUUUAGCUCUAUUGUCAUGGACCUAGCUGCAGUGAUCUUUGGAUCUUGGCCCAAGUUUCCAGUGACUGAUCCACCUUUGUGUACACAAGGGGGCACAGUGCUACUCUAGCACAUUUGCAAGGAAUUAUGUUCCACUGGCUUCAAUGAACUUUAAUUCCCAGGAAAUGUGUUUAGGAUUACAGUCUUGACUGAGUGCAAAAUAGUUUUGAGUCAGACUUUUCAAAUAUGCCUUUUGGUAGGUUACAACAUUAACAACAUUGCUCAAAGACUGGGUAAUUCAGAUUUUGGGACAGGUAAGCAAAAUGCAUCUGGAUUUCAAGUUUACAUUGAGGUAAUAGAUGGGGUUGGACCCCUUCCAAAGCUUCUUUCAGGAACAUUUUGACGACGGCAUUAUGGAAUUGCAUUUUUUAAAGUAUUUUCAGAUAUUAGUGUGGCAUAUUUUAUUGUAAAGUAUAUUCAUUGCUUUCCUUUGUUAGAAAUGUGUUACUGCUUUCUAUCAUUUUAUGAGAAAUGGAAAGGAAUCUGGUAAAACAUUCAUAACUUUCAUAUUAUUAGCAUUUACUAAAUAGAAAUAGUAUUUAAGUUUUAGAUCUCUAAGUAGUUUGUUCAUUUAAAUUUCUGUCAUAUUAUUCUUGUUUCAUCCCUUUUUCCAAAUAUUUUGCAUUCUCAAGAUAAAAGUCCAAUGGAAGGAUAUGUGCAAUAAGGAAAGAGAAGAAACAGGACCCUCAUCCAGGACUCAAAGUGGGGAACGCACAGUGUGAUGAAGUCUCCCAUUUUCUUAUAGUGCACUCUUGGGGCGGGGGAGAGAGUAGGCAGUGGGGGAGGGAGCCAGUCAAGCCACUAGGUGAAGGAUUUCUGGUACAAACCAAUUAUAAGUGUGAGUUGAGAAUUGGCUGAGUGUUGUUGCAUGAGUAAAUCAUGUUCAGUAAGGAGUGUAAAGAUUGUGUUGUUUAUCUGACCUCUCCCUCCCCCCCCCAAAAAAAAAUAUGUACUGUUUCUCCUUCAGGGAAUCUAAUUGAUUCAACUAGACAUGUUGUGUGCAACGUGAGUAUCAAAGUUGCCAGCACUGAAUAGAUGCAGUUGGAUUGAAUGGUAUGGAUGUGCUGCUGGUACAAGAGAGAGGAGUGGUGGUCCUGCCUCAUUCUCCUACUAACUGCAGCCUCCAGAGCAAUACAGCUGGAAGAGUUCCCCAUCACGGGGCUGAUAGCAGAAAGAAAAAGGGAAACUUCCCCUUCCAUCAGCAGCCUAUCUGUGGGAGUCAUGCUAUAGUGUGUUGGCAAAACACAAUCAGUCUUAAAAUGUGGAUUAAUCCUGUUAGUGAAGCAAGUAUGUCACAUAGUCGUUUACCAUUUAAAUGCUAUAAUAGUGCCAUCCAGAAUUUAGCCCAUUAAACAGGAAGAUGCCCUUUCAGGCUGUUCUCCAAUGGGAAAGUUUUCUUAUCUUUACCUCUUAAGGUCCCCUGGACUUAUUUUGGUUUAACCUCUCAAAAUGUAUCCAAUUUUUCUUUGUCCACUUAUCAAAUGAAGCACAUGGACAACAAUGUUGUUUGCUGCUUUUUUGUUCUCAAAGAAAAGGAGCAACUGAGUCCAUCAAAGUCAAGUGAUUCUACAGGCUUCAGUUUUAGAAAACCCAGUUAUCACCUCAGGCUUUUAUUCAAACCAGAAAUUAACACUGCAUGCUUACUAGAUGUUUGGGCAAGAGAUCCACAAUGCUGAUACUACACUAGAUGUUUUAAAUAUCUUGGAUUUUUGCAGUUAAAUACUCAAGAAUCUAUCAGGCACAACCUAGGCUGUCUCCUAGAAAACCCCACUAUACAUGUUUGCCAUUGGUCAGGGUUCUGUAAUUAAUUGAAGUGUUUAACAGGUACGAAUUGGGAGAAAACAUUUCUGUGUAAAUAAGUCUACCUUUUUUUAAGGAUAUGAGGGGUUCUCCCUCUUUGGCAGAUGCAUAGAGAGCCCUGACAAAUACAUAGAACAUUUACAACAUUUUACAGUGAUCUCAUGGGCUUGUAUGAAGGUCUAUAUUGGUGUCCUAUUCACCAUUUGAAGAAAGGAGGAGUUUCCAAGUAAUGUACUGUAUCUAAGGCCUUUUUAAGCCUCCAUAAGGUCUACUGCCAAUAUUUCCAACGCAGGCCCUUCAGUUGCUGUUGUCUGAGCUUGAUGUCUCUGUGUUGAAUAACUUGCAGAGCCUUCUGUAAGAUUAAAAUAUCCCUCAUUUUGGAGGGGCUUGAAUAAGUGUGUGCGUGUGUGUGUGGUAGGGGGUGAAUGUAUGUGAAGGUGGGGGAAAAGGUUGAAUGAGUUUAUCCUUGCAGUAGGGCAUGUUUUGCAGACUUUGAGCAAAACUCCCAUUUAAAAUCCAAAUUCUGCAUUCAGGGUUUUUCUUCCUAAGUGCGAUGCUCUCUUGGACCCAGCAUAAUCAAAGACACAGUAAAUGGGUCUCUUUUUACAGUUGAGGUUUACAGCGUGGGCCGGACCCACACAACAUUUUUCUUUGUUAGUGAGUGCAGUUCUUUCUUUAAAUCUAAAAUGGAUGGAAAACUUCACACUGUCGUUUUUGCACUUUUUUUCCCCUGUGCAUCCCACCAGCCACUGUUGUCCUGUGUUGAGACUCCUGUUCAUUACAAAAUUGAAAUAUUUGGGUAAUGGUCAAAAAGAAGUAACUGGAACAUGACUGAUGAGAAAUUGAUUGGAUUUUCCAAUAACAGCUAAUUGAACUUCAUAAUGGCUUUUAUUACACAAUUUGUCACUGUGGCUGUUUUUUAUGUGUUUAUGUUAAAUAGUGACUCCUAUUAAUUCCAAAAUCUCUGUUCCAUCAUAAAAUAUGGUAAUUGCAUCUUGAAAUCAAUAACCCAAAGAGCUAAGAUAAUUUGUUAUGUAUUUUAUAUUUAUUCUGUGCGUUUUACAAGGGAAAUUUUGUAGGGGUUCAUGAAAUGAUUAAAGGAAGCUCUAAUUGUGUUCAGGCCAGCCUCUUACCUAGCAACUCUGCCCCCACUUUUCAGGCUGUUGCUAGUAAGCAGUGAAAGCCAAGUAAUGAUUUAACAUCUUGAAGCAUUUUAAAAUUUGGCCUCUUGAGCUUUGUAAAAUUCUACAGAUCUAAACCACACAUUUUGGGAUGGUUGAUGUGCCAUACAUUUAAAAUGCAUUGCAGCUUCUAUUGUGUAAAUGGAGAGUUGUGUGUUAGAUGUUCUGAAGGUGCAGAAAGGUCUAUGCAGAAAACCCAAGAAGAAAAAUACUGUAGUCAAUUUUAGUUGAAAUCGAGAGAAAGUUGUCACAAAAAUCAGUCAAGAUUUCACACUUGCCUUGUGAGCUGUGACAAAUCUUCUGAGUAGUUAAUAUAGUAUUGUCCUUUUAAUUGUUGUUCUGAUUUUCUUAUUGUCUACUAUAAGGGAAAUGUAAUAGAGGUCUGAAAGAGUAUGUUGGUAAGGAGAUGGUGAAGCAUGUGUGGUUGUCCUUGGGUUGUAGGGUAGAGAUGGGUCGUGGGAUGUGUUCAUUUUUGUUUGGCUUGCUUUUCCUCAGGAAGGGAUCUUCUUGUUGCUGUAUUGGUUCCUUCUGCAGUGUAAGUUGAAGAUUGCAAGUUCUUAGGUUUUUGAUUUUAGGAAGUAUCCAGGAGGGGAUCAAUAAUGGUGUGAAUUUGGAGAAAGAAAGGGCCCAGUGAUAGUUGAUGUUGCCAGAAGAAGAAGAAGAAGAUAGGCUGGUAAAACAGUGAACAGCAAACAUGAUUAAUUUAUUGGUUAGAGCUGUUCAAAAAACUUUUGGUUAUUUUUUUAGAUGUCAAUUUUGAGGUCACAGUUUACAGUUAAAAGCUGCAUUUGAUUCACACGUACCUCUUUAAAAAGGCAUCUGUUGCACCAGACAAGUCUUGUAUCUCAAGGAUGAUGAUGAACUUAUAGGAAGAAUGUAAUAUUUAUAGUAAGAAUUUUAAAUUGUUUGCAUAGUAAAGUAACCACUCUAAGCAUUUUGCUACACCAGCAGUAUCUGCCCAAACUGGUUUGUUUACUUAAGGUAGUAUACAUCAACUAAGAGACAGAACCACCAUAGUGUUAUUACUUUUCAGCUCUCUCCAUCAUUUCUGUAAUAGUAAGUUUGUCAAUAUGGUGGUCCAACUGUGUUUUGGUCUGGCAUUGGAACUCAAUCCAAUGGGGGGAUACUAUAGGUAAUAUUGAGAGUUUACUCUGUAGGAUUAAAAACCUUUCUGUCAAAAUAUUUAAGCCACAGUUGGUCUUUUUCUUGUACCCCAGAGUAUUAAAUUGGAAUUCAUGUACAGAAGCUGGAUUUCCUCUAUUCCAGAUUUCUUUUCAAAAUCUGAGGCCUUUCUGCACAAAUAGUAUCUAUCCCCCUAGGUUUCAUGUUUAGCAGAAGGUUUUGCCCAAGGGCAAAGUUCUGGUUUGUUAGUACAUUUUAUCUGCAUCCAGGUGCAGGAAUCUUUUUUGCAUAUGUUGGGUUUGGUUGUCAAAUCCAGAAUAGUUUCCUGGAUACUCUGGUUAUUAUAGGCACAUUCUGAUCUUUUGAGCACUGAGUUGUUCAAAGUGGAUCUGAGAAAAUAUGGUUAGGAGACACACAGGUUUUGUAAUUUAUGUGAAUCAUUUUUAUAUAAUUCUAGAAGACUGCAUAAAGAUGGACUUGAGCAUUUUAAGAACUCUAUAUUGAUUCUAAACUAUACUCAUCAAAUAUUCCACAUUAAUCCAGAACAAAAGAAUCAUCCUCCCUUUAUUAACCUGGAUUCAAAGAGAGUUCAUUUAAGCAUUCCUUAAAACCUACAAUUCAUAUUAAUCUCUCUUACAUAUGAACAUGUGGAUUAGAUAUGUGUUAGACAGAAACAGGCCUUUUCUAUUCUGUCACUCAUAGAUGCAUUUGUGUCUGUGCUAUAAUUUGUCCAGCAUGAUGGUUUAUCAUAGAUACCUAAAUAUUUAGGUAAUUUAUAGCUCAAUCCUAAUAAAUUAGGUAAUUUAUAACUCAAUCCUAAUAAGGCCAUUGACUUAAGUGUAUUUAGGAAGGUGUAACUCUGUUUAGGAGAGCACUGUAAUUAAAGCUUGUCUAGGUGUGGAACUUUUUUCAUUCUAGUUGUUGUCAACAUAAAGAAAUGAGAAAUAAUUAGAUACCUUUAAAAUGUUCUCAAAAAACCGAUUAAAGAUCAGCAUCUGGAAUUGAUGAUAUAUGAAUUCUUCUGAUUUCUAGACACAGAUACAAACACCUUUGGAUCUGUUUGAUGGUUGGCAUCCUCAUACUUUAUUAUGAUUGUAAGAUAUAGAAAUCAUAAAGCCUGAAAAUCCAUACUGUGUCUUGUUCAAGCAUCUGACAGUAAUGUUGCUUGAUAAAUGAGCUAAUGUCAGUUUCAGCCAUCCUACAUUUUUUUGUCACAUAAUUAUAUUUUCUGGAGGGGUCUUUGGUAUAAUUUUCCUGUUUAUAUUUAGAUCAUAUCAUCUGAAUAUCAUCUCAGAGAUCCUGUAGCAUCUAUAUUGGCUAGAAGCUAGCAUAGCAGGAUAUCAAUAUAAAUUGGAACCUUGUACCAGGAGACGUCCUGCACAGUAAAAAUACCUUGCUGAACAUAUGCACAGUUUGUUAAGACGCCAACAAGUAGCCUAAACUGCAAAAACAGCAGCCACUGUCACUUUUGGUAGAUCACACAUGCUUUUCAGGAUAUCAGGCAAGCAAUCUGCAAUUUUACUCAUGUCUUCCAGAAUCACUUGCGGGGGCCCUGAGGUUGCAUUCUGUCUACCGAAAUAUUGCAAAGGAUCCCGGAACAUACCUGUUGGUUUAUGCAGUGCAUACACUUAGAUAUAGAUAUACAAAUCCCUGUGUGUGAGUGCAUAUCCAUGCAUGUGUUUAUACGGCAAAAGGCCUUUUUAAAAAACUGCCAAGAGUUCCAAUUUCAGCCUCUUUUAUUCCCAGUUCCUGCAAUGUGAAACCGCAAUAUAAUAUUCAAUAUAUCUCAGGCACAGAGAACUUGAUGAUAAUUAACUGUACCUCACAGUCAUCUCCCAGUUUACUCAUUGCAUGGACCAAAGUUGGUGCUAAUAUGAACUUUAAUUCUUAUAUUUAUGUGUUCUGUUGAGUUUUAUGUGUUUUAAAAUCAAACUGUUUAACGAAAAAAUCUUACCUUUGGUUUCAGGCUUAUGGAAACCCACAAAAGAUCUGUGGAAUUCCAAAGUAUGUAAAAGCUGGCAUGUUUUUUUAGUUGGGGUGGGGGGAGGGUAAAGGAUACUUUUGUAUUCAUAAAUUUGUGAAAUGUAAGAUUUGAUUUAUGGCAACUUUUUUUUAAUCCAUUUGUUUACAUGGUCUGUUCUGUGUUGUAUGGAAAAAAAAUAAAAGUUUUUGCUCUUUUUAA